ACGAUUUUUUCGUAUCACAAUUUAAAAAAUAGUAUUUGAAUUAGUAGCUGUUCUAGUGCCAUUAAACAACAUGUACUUUGAAAGGAUGACAUUUUGAUUAGUGAUUUAAAAUACGUUAACAAGGCGUGUAAAAGUCUAGAUUUCAAGCAAUUGGACAAAAGUAAACUCUUCACAGAGAAACUCUUCUUAGCUUUUCGGUUCAUCUUUUAAUCAAGGUUAUCAAGACUUGUACUCACAAGUAUUUAUCCAUAAUUAAUUCAAAUAACAUUGGUUCAUUAAUCAGUCGUAAAAGAUGAGAUAUCUCUCUUACGCCCUCUUCUUCAUCUCCCCUUAUUUAUCAUCUCACAUCACAACUUGUAUUUAAAAUCAUUCUUAAAGAGUGAAUCAGUUCCCAGUGUCAUUCUUAUAUUCAAUCAUAUAAAACAAGUGAUCACGUAAUACUGAAACAAUAUGGUUCAUCAAGUAGUAACUGUGGAUACUAAUCCUUACGAAGGUCAAAAGCCUGGAACAAGUGGACUUCGUAAGCCAACCAAAAUAUUUCUGGAGAAACCAAAUUACACAGCCAAUUUUGUUCAAUGUAUUCUUGACUGUGUUGACGAUAAAAGUUGUUUGGUGAUCGGUGGCGAUGGUAGAUAUUAUUUAACUCAGGCUAUCGAUUUGAUCAUCAAAAUAUGUGCUGGAAAUGGUGUCAAACGUUUAAUCAUUGGACAAAAUGGCAUUCUUUCUACCCCGGCAGUUUCCUGCAUCAUAAGGAAAAGAUCAGCCUCUGGAGGAAUCAUUUUAACGGCCAGUCACAAUCCUGGUGGACCAGAUGGAGAUUUUGGAAUCAAAUAUAACACUUCCAAUGGCGGGCCUGCACCAGAAGGAAUCACGGACAAAAUCUUUAAAUUGACUAAAGAGAUCAAACAGUUCAAAACUGUACCAGAUUUAUCCAUCAGCAUUGAUAAAGUCGGAACCCAAGAAGUUGUAAUUGGCACAGAUAAAAUGAUUGUUGAAAUUAUUGAUUCAGUAGAUGAUUAUUUGGAAUUAUUGAAGAGCAUAUUCGAUUUUCCUAAAAUUAAAUCACUUCUUGCCAAACCUGACUUCAAAAUUCGAGUUGACUCUCUUAAUGGAGUAAUGGGUCCUUAUGCAACUCGUAUAUUUGUAAACGAGUUAGGCUGUUCACCUGAUUCAGUUGUUAAUUGCAUACCUUUGCCUGAUUUCGGAGGUAAACAUCCAGAUCCGAAUCUGACUUAUGCUGCUGAGUUGGUUGAAGCCAUGAAAUCAGGGGAUUAUUCAUUAGGUGCUGCAUUUGAUGGAGAUGGUGAUCGUAACAUGAUUCUUGGUACAAAAGGAUUCUUUGUUUGUCCAUCAGAUUCACUGGCGGUUAUUGCGGCAAACUUGAAAGAUAUUCCUUACUUUGCAAAAUCAGGAGUUAAAGGAUUCGCUCGAAGUAUGCCCACUGCUGGUGCAGUUGAUGUUGUGGUUGCCAAAUGGGAAGAUGGUGAUAUUAAAUGUCAUGAAACACCAACUGGAUGGAAGUUUUUUGGUAAUUUAAUGGAUGCUGGUUUAUGUUCACUUUGUGGUGAGGAAAGUUUUGGAACUGGAUCAGAUCAUAUUCGAGAAAAAGAUGGUUGUUGGGCUGUUCUCGCUUGGUUAUCUAUUCUUGCUUCUCGAAACCAAUCGGUUGAGGAUAUUGUAACCUCUCAUUGGAAAAAAUAUGGACGCAACUUUUUCACUCGUUAUGAUUAUGAAAAUUGUGAUUCUGCCGGCUGUGCUAAUAUGAUGAAGCAAUUAGAAGGUUUUGUUGAAAAUGGUUCCUUGAUUGGAAAACAAUUUACCCAUAAAAUAACCCAGAAUGAUAAUUUUGAGUAUAAAGAUCCAGUUGACGGAAGCAUUACAUCAAAACAAGGAAUAAGAAUUAUUUUCAGUGAUGGUUCGCGUAUUAUUGUCCGUCUUUCGGGUACAGGAAGUCAAGGAGCCACAGUUCGGAUUUAUGUCGAUGGUUAUACCAAUCAAGAAUCACUUCUAACUCAAGAAGCUGCCAUAGUAUUGAAACCGCUAAUUGAUAUUGCACUCGAGAUAACCGAGAUUGAAAAGUUUACUGGACGCAAAAUGCCAACUGUUAUCACUUAACUCUAUUUCGUUAUAAAGAUGCUAGAUCCGAAGUAUUAACAAAAAUAUGUUUUAAUAAAUUUUAAUUUAACACUGCAA